CUCUUUCACUCACUCUUGCAUUUAUCUCUUCCGGUCUUCUCGUGUCUGCGUUUGUGUCUAUGGUUGCAGAAAAGAAAAUAACCGAAGCUUUAAAGUUUAAACCAAGUCAAUGCACACACUCUCUCUCUCCCUCUCCUGGAAGGUCUUAAAGAGUUCCCGAGAAACCCAACGAAAAAGCUUAUCCCGUGACUUUUUAUCCUUUCUUCUCUCUCUUUUCCCUUCGGUUCCGUUUUCUGAAGGAAGAAAGUAAUCUCAUCUUUUUCUUGUAAUUCGCUCUCCAGUCCCUCGUUCACCCUCGUUCAAUCCGCUGACGAGGAGGGAGAAGAGACAGUCCGAAAGAAGGAGACUUCCUUUUGUGUUUUGUGUCCAUGGGGGCUUGCUGGAGCUCUCGAAUCAAGGCAGAGAGUAGUCCAUCUAACACAGGGGUGAAUUCAAAGCAUGUUAGCAAAGAUGGAACUGAACUAAGUGGUACAAUUAGCAAGGUCUCCUCUGUUUCCGUGCCUCAAACCCCUCGGAGUGAGUGUGAGAUUUUGGAGUCCACUAAUUUAAAGAGCUUUAGCUUUGGCGAACUCAAAAUGUCCACCAGAAACUUCCGACCUGAUAGUGUCCUGGGAGAAGGGGGAUUUGGUUCGGUCUUUAAGGGGUGGAUAGAUGAACAUGCAUUUACAGCUACCAAGCCUGGCAGUGGAAUCGUUAUCGCUGUUAAAAGGCUCAAGCAAGAAAGUUUCCAGGGCCACAGAGAAUGGUUGGCAGAAGUUAACUAUUUGGGGCAGCUGUAUCAUCCCAAUCUUGUAAAAUUGAUUGGCUACUGCUUAGAAGAUGAACACCGGCUUUUAGUGUAUGAAUUUAUGGCCCGUGGAAGUUUGGAGAAUCAUCUGUUCAGGAGGGGUUCUUACUUCCAACCACUUUCUUGGAACCUCCGCAUGAAGGUUGCUCUUGAUGCUGCAAAGGGGCUUGCAUUUCUUCAUGGUGCUGAGACAAAAGUUAUAUAUCGUGAUUUCAAGACUUCUAAUAUUCUUCUAGAUUCGAACUACAAUGCAAAACUUUCUGAUUUUGGUUUGGCCAAAGAUGGUCCAACUGGUGAUAAGAGCCAUGUCUCUACUAGAGUCAUGGGGACCUAUGGAUAUGCAGCUCCAGAGUACCUGGCUACAGGUCAUCUUACUGCCAAGAGCGAUGUAUACAGCUUUGGUGUUGUUCUCCUGGAACUGUUAUCAGGUCGACGAGCUAUAGACAAAAACCGGCCAUCUGGAGAGCACAAACUAGUGGAAUGGGCCAAGCCUUGUUUGACAAACAAACGUAAACUUUUCCGUGUUCUAGACACACGUCUGGAAGGGCAGUACUCAUUGAAUGGAGCCCAAAAGGUAGCAGACCUUGAUCUCCAAUGUCUCUCCACAGAAGCCAAGUUAAGGCCAAACAUGGAUGAGGUGGUAACAGCAUUGGAGCAGCUUCAAGACACCAAAGAUGUAAGUACUCAGAAUGGGGACAACCCAAAACGGCAAAACUACUCCAUGGGUGGAGCCAAGUCCCGCAGAAGAAGUGCAGAUGAAGUUUCUAAUCGGAAAGCAGCUGCUUAUCCCAGGCCAUCUGCUUCACCCCUUUACGCUUGAAAGCCAAGGAAAUAACUUGAUUCACUUGUAAUCGUUCCCAAUGAGAGAAAUUUCAGGAACUCAGGUAUGUAGUGUACCUGAAAUUGUUCGAUUGAUGUAUAGUUCUUGUUUUGGCCAAUGUAUUCGAAGUCAACCAUAUGUAAUCAUGUUAUGCUUGUUGUGUCUAGAAUCUGAGGAACAUGAGUAAAUUAAGAAAAGAGGUUUACCAACAAAGUCUGUAACGGGAUUCAUAUUAUCUUUGGGAAGAAGGGGGUCCUUAGUUUAUGAGAAUAGAAAUGAGAGGUGGUGUAACUGAUUUUACAUAGAUGAAAAUCCUUUUUAUCCA